AUGUCUUGUGCGGUGAGAUAUGAAUCUCUUCUUCAAGAAGAGGAGAAUAGGAGGAGUGCCUCAAGGGGACAAUACUUGCCCAACAUCGGUUACCCUGUUAACCAUAUUGGCCAAGAGGCUAAUGAGAUGGAGGUAGACCUGGCUGAGUUAACUCCAGGGAAGCCAUAUGUAUGUGCUCCUUUGGCUAAGAUGGACAAUGAACCACAAGGGGGUAGACCAAAUCGUGCCCCUAUCCAGCCACGGAGGUAUUCAUUCGAUAUCUCCAAAGUUGACUUGAUUUUUGACCAACUCUACAAGGAUGGUCAAAUCAAGUUGACAGGGGGGCAUAACAUCCCACCACCGGAGAAAUUAAAAGGAAAGAAGUAUUGUAAGUGGCAUAACAGCAUGUCACAUGCCACUGACUCAUGUGUGGUUUUCCGUAAUAUCUUGCAGGAUGCUAUUGAGAAGGGGCGUAUCAAGUUCCCGGAACCAAAGAAGGAUGCCAUGUUGGUGGAUACUAACUCAUUUCCCAACGUGGUAGGCAUCAACAUGGUUAACCUAGACCUCUCCAAAAUUGAGUUGCCCUGUUUCAAGUUGGUGUUGGAUACAACGCCGCCUCAACAUGGGAGCUCCAAUGUCACUCAUGAACAAGGGAGCUCGUCAGGUACAAAGCAGGCUAACCCGGCCGCAAUGAUGACGGAUGAAAUUGAGAAGUUGUGUGCUUAUUUCAAGAAGAGCCUCAAACUUGAUGAGGCGAGGCCUUCCGCCCACCAAAGACUUGGCCCACCCAAUAGGCCGAGAUACACUUCUUACCAGAGACAAGUGGAGGGGGUCGUCCAGCAUGCUUGGGGGCAACGAAGGCAGUGGAUAGCACAUUGCAUUCCUUCCAUGCGUAGUCCUCCCGUCAGAGGCCCUCUCGUGAUCAGAACUUUUAAGAUUCCCAAUGUGCCACAAGGAGGGUGGCAUACUUAUGACAUGCGUCGUUAA